AUGGCCAGGAUUGUCGUGUUAAUAUCGGGCUCCGGUUCCAACUUGCAGGCUUUGAUCGAUGCUCAAAAGCAAAGCCGAUUGGGCAACGACGCCCGUAUCGUCUCGGUCGUAUCUUCGAGCAAGAAGGCGUAUGGGUUGACCAGGGCGGCAGAGAAUGGCAUCCCCACAAAGGUCUGUUCGCUGUAUCCAUACACGAAAGGCAUUGCGAAAGAGGACAAGGCCGCAAGGGCCAAGGCAAGAACGCAGUUUGAGGAUGAUCUGGCAAAGCUGGUUCUCGAGGAAAAGCCCGACGUGAUCAUCUGUGCGGGCUGGCUGCUGAUCCUCGGCUCUACCUUCUUGAGCCAACUGCAGUCCGUUCCGAUACUAAAUCUUCAUCCAGCGUUACCAGGUUGCUUUGAUGGCACCACACAUGCCAUUGAGAUGGCAUGGCAAAAGUGCCAAGACGACAACAAGCCAUUGGUGGCUGGAUGCAUGGUGCAUUAUGUCAUCGAGGAGGUCGACAAGGGCGAACCACUGGUGGUGAAACAGCUGGAAAUCGUUCCGGGGAAAGAAACGCUGGAGCAGUAUGAGCAAAGAGUGCAUGCUGCUGAGCACGUCGCCAUCGUGGACGCCACCUACAAGGUCCUGCAGCAGCUCCACAAGUAA